AUUGUAGUAAGAGUGAACACUAGAGGGCGACAUUUUCAAACCAACCGGAUCGGUAUUGGGUCGCGUUGUUAUGACGUCACCUACGAUAAAACGUCCUAUAACGAGGAAUAAGAGUAAUACACACCCGCGGCUGAUCACUGAGGGAAACAUACCUGACCACCAAACAGCCAGUCAGCCAGGAUCAUGUCUGCAGAACUGGACCUAUCUCCUCCAGAAGUCCCUGAGCCCACCUUUCUAGAAAGCAUACUGCGCUACGGGCUGUUUCUCGGUGCCAUCUUCCAACUUAUCUGCAUCCUGGCUAUCAUCUUCCCCUCAUCUAAGGGACAUGAACAGGAGGAGACCGAAUCCACUGAUGGCAAGGCAGCUGAACAGAUGAAGAAAACUAAAGGACCAGCACCUCAGAUUCGACAGAAAGCAAAGAAAGAGAGCAAAAAGAAGCGAUAGAUAACUCUGUGUGCAAGUCGGUCUGCAUCUGUGUUUCUUGCUUGUGUGCAUAAUCAUCAGAGUCAUGAAUUGGCAAGUUACCAGUACAGUUGUCACUAAAGCUAUUUAAAACACUAAUGUCAUAUUAUGACGGUAAGUAAUAAUGUCCACUGAAUUUGACUUCAAAAUAAUAAAUGAACUGUGUCCUAUUCACAUUUAACACAUUAUUACAAGGAGCAAUUUGCUAUGGUGUUUGCUGACUGCUGCACAUAUUAGUGAGUACAGGUAUAUGUGUUUUGAAUUUCUAUUCUUUUAUAAAUGAAUGUCAUCAAUAGAACUGUAUUUAGAUUACAACAGACAAAUAAAUAAACUUCAAAUGAGAAAAAGUUGGGAUGGUAUGUAAAAUUAAAGCUGAAAAUUGUGAUCUGUAAAUCAUCUGUGUCCUGUAUUACAUUGAAAACAAUACAGCAGCAGAUUAUUUGAUGCGACACUUAAUUGGUGUUAUUUGUUCAGAAUAAACACUUGCUUCAUUUCUGAUGCCUGCAACACAUAUUUAAAACGCUGGGACAGUACAGCAUUUCAGGCCCAAUAAUGAGGUAAAACAAAUGAAAUGGCAAUUCCGUUUGAAACAGGUGAUGUUAACAGGUGACUGCAAUAGUGAUUUGGUACAAGCAUCCAGGAAAGGCCGAGUCCUUUACAAGCAAAGAUGGGCCUAGGACCGCCAGUUUGCCAACAUAUGUGUCAGAAAAGUAUUGAACUGUUUAAAAACAA